GUUAAUAAUUAUUGUUGAUUACAUGAGAGAAGGUUAUAUAUAACUAACAAAGCAAAAAUUGUUGGUGGAAGGAUGUGGAACAAGUUUAGUGGAAGCUGCAGAUAUUAAUUUGAAAGAUUUGUAGGGUGACCCCACACUCCACCACAUUCUAGUCGAAGACCAACCCCAUGGACCUCCGUAGUUUCGCGUCUUCCGAUCUCAUCCAAAGCCUCAGAUGUUUCAUCUGCCACAGCUACCUUUCGUACUUCCCCAUAUCAAUCUGCUCCAACAGCCAGAGUAUAUGUGGCCGCUGCUCCGUCCCAGACGGCAUGUUGGCCUUCCAAAACGAAGCCCUCGAAAGCGUCUGUCUCUACCUAAAUUUCCCCUGUUGUUACAAAGCACAAGGUUGCCUGGAAGAACUCUCGCCUCUGGACAUCCCCGACCACGAACAUACUUGUCCUUUCAAAAUCGUCGCUUGUGUAGUAAAGAAACCGCACCCUUGCGGCUGGUUAGGCUCUCUUCCGACCUUGGUCCGGCACUGCCAAAGCGCCCACCCCGAAGCCUUCAUCGAGACGGGCUCCGAGUUCGAGCUUAACCUGUCCUGUUGCGAGGAACGCGAGUACGUCGUGGAAUACAACGACAGUUUUGUGUUAUUCACCAAAAAGUACAACUGUGAGAGUAAAGUGUUGGAAUUCGCUGUGUACAGCAGUGGGUACACGAAAGAUUUCAACGGAGGGAUGUGCCAGUUGAGGGUGACUUGUGGAAACACUACCAUAACCCACGAUUUCGAUACCAGCAGCGACGAGAAAAUAUACUCAGUGAUGUGUCUUCCUUUUCUCAAAGACGACGACGACGAUCCGUCGCUGUUUUUAGCCAAAUUGAGAAUAGGCGAUGGGGGUUUGGAUAGGGAGCGGAGCAACAUCGCAGAUCGUGUAGGUUUCACUUGUAUAUAUUGUUCGAACCUCGCUCUUCCACCCAUUUACCGACGAACUUGCGACAUGUCCGUGAUUUGUUCGUCGUGUGGAGGAGCCGGACGUCGCUGCCCUGUUUGCAAUAUCCACAAAAGAGCCCGCGACCGCAUUUUAGAGCAGUUCGUGGUUUUAGAAAACUACCCUUGUAUGUACCGGAGGGACGGCUGCAGAUACGUUUCCACUCACACCGAAAUGGUCCGUCACCAAAAAUUCUGCCACUACGAAACCACGGAGUGUCCCAUUUUUAAUAUUUCGUGCGAGUGGAGCGGUACGUUCAAAGAUGUGAACGACCACGUUGUUCGCGAACAUUCAGAGUUCAUGGUUGGUUUAGGGACCAAAGUGGAGGUUUCGCUGCGGGAGGAUGGUUUUCACCAAGGAGUACUCAGGUUUGGCGAACUUUUGUUUAAGACGGUUUGUGAAGUGAACGAGAAGAGACUUAUGUGGGUUGUUCGACCGUUUGUGCCCACGGCGCAGCAGUUUAAUUAUGAAAUUAGCGUUUUUGAUGCCGAAGAUGGUAGUUUUCUGGCUGCGAUGAGGCAGAUUUGUUUUGGGUGCGAUCACUCUGAUGAAGAUCUGGCGAAGAGAUACGCUAGUUAUUUUUUUGUAGAACAGUUGGUACGUCUGAAGCCAAACGGAAUAGAGAGUAGGGGAGCGAUCAAGUUUAGCGUGGAGAUUUUCAAGCGUUGAUUGUAUAUAUUCACUAUUUUGUAUUUUCG